UCUGCAGCUUACCUUGUAUUUGUCACUUCUUGGUAGAGAGGUUAUGUUUUAGUUUUUAUAUUAUGGACUAGGUUAAUCGUAGUAUGUCGUUGAUUGUUAUUAAUACUUUCUAAUUAAUUUUCUUAUUGUGAUUUAUUGACUCAGUUGGUAGGCUACGUUUAGUCUAAUCUUAAUAUCUGUAAUCGGUGUAGCUGACUAAUCUUCCGCAAUUUGUAACAGUAUAGUUUACAUUUGUUAUUUAAUAUGGGUAAAGCAAAGCCAAGACACAAGAAAAAUCGUAGACAUAAUGUAACACAACCAACAGGAAUACCGAGUGUGAAAGAAGCAGAGUUAGAAGAAUCUGAGUUCAGUGUACCUGAAAGUGAUAAGGACAUUUCUAUUGAUAAGAUAAUUGAAGAGAUUAAUUCGCCAAGUGUUGAAGAAAGAUUAUGUGGCUUGCAGUCUUUGGCCACUCUUGCAGAAAAUCCCAAUUCUGUUGAAACUAUUAUCAAGCACAAAGUUCUUAAAAUAGUAGCACCAUUGUUGGUAGAUGGCAGUUCAGAGGUUAGAAAUCUCUCUGCAGGAGUUUUGAGAAACCUAAGUGCCAGUGGCUCAAUGCAGGUAAUUGAGAUGCUCGUGAAGGAUGACAUUAUGACACCUCUCAUCUCACUUUUUCAUCAGUACAACGAAUGGAAUCCUGAGACUGCUAAAGCAGAAGACUCUGACACUCUGCUGCAACUUGUCAACCUGCUGUGGAACCUCUGUGAAACAGACGAAACAGCUCUAAAGCACUUCAACUCAGCCAACAUACUGAAUCUUCUGCUGCGGUGCCUCAACUAUCAGACUGUUGGAUUGGACCUCUGCAUCACUGUUUGUCAGUGUCUAAACUCAGUGUCAGAAGAUAAUACAAUCGUAGCAUCAGCAUUACGCCAUCAUGAGUCUGACUUUCUCAAAAUACUGGCUGUCACCUCUUCAGACCACAGACUGCUGUUGCUUAAGACAUUGGCUGCAGGUAUUGUGGUGAACUUGAACCCAUCAUCGCCGUGGCUGGAGGCUGUUGUGGCAACACUGAGUGAGACCUUGGAGGCAGAUGUGCACCAGCAGAUCUGUCGAUUGUCCAGUCAGCUGCCACUCGAUUCUUCUACACAGCUGUCAGAAGAUGUGUCAACUCAGUUGAAGAACAUACAGACACUAGUUGAUGCUCAGAUCAUGGCACUUGAGAUACUCGCCAACCUUAUCUCCAGCCAAGAUGAUGAAAUGGAUGUGGAGUCAGAAGAGUCUGGCAGUGAGGAAGAACUGAAUGGAUGGACAGAGGGAGACGAGACACAGCUCUUAGGUUUGAGCAGUGAGAUUCAUGAGGCUCUGGAAAAACAUAAGUUGGCUAAAUUAGUUUAUAUGAAGAUAUCAUCACUGCCGGAGAAUGUCAUGGAUAUCAUCACUAACUGUGCACAAUCCAGAGCAUUGGCUAAAAGGGUAGUGAGACUACAAUGCUGUGUGUAUUUGUGCCUCAACAACUUGGUAUCGGUGGUGGAUAUGGAACAAUUCGGAGGCCCCCAUGCACUCUACAGUCUGGUCAGGAGCAUUUUCAAGCAGCGUCUGUGUCUCAACCCUCAACAGCCUGGCUUUGAAUGCAAUGCUGAGCUGAUUGAAGCUUCGACUGCAGCCAUCAGAGCCAUCCUGUUGAGACUUGCCAGCUUCAAAUUCUCUGACCUUGGGGAUAUCAAUCCUUACGAUCUUGAGGAGAUAUUCAAAAUCGGUAUUUUACCAGAGCCACGAGUGCAGGCCAAUGUUGCUCGAAUAGUCGGCACACUUGGUGUGUUACUGGUCAGCAACCCCCUCCUUGUCAAGAUGGUGGGUAACUACUUGCUGGAGGCAGUGGAGAGACAGCAGGCACUGUGGCUCAGCGCCGAGGCCCUGGACUCCCUGAUGGAUGUGUUUGCUGAUGACUGUACAGACCAGACGGCUGCCGAGAUCAAUCUAGUGCCUAGGCUGCAAGCUCUUACACACCGUCUCAAAUCUAAGAUGCGCCAAGAGAGGAAAACGCUGGGAGAACAUUACCCUGUUGUAUCCACUGUCAUGACAAACUUGUCCCCAUUCAUCAAAUACAAAGGAACCAGAGUUGCUGCUCUUCGCACACAUUAAUGUACUACUGUAUAUACUGUUUUGUAUAUAGUAUAAUAAAUAUAUAUACAGUGUUACCUAAA